UGGUGGAGACCCGUACCGUCUGUAUAACCUGGAUGUGUUCCAGUACGAGAUAUUUAACCCCAUGGCUCUGUAUGGCACUGUACCUCUUCUGCUAGCGCACAAUCUCCGCAGGACUCUGGGCAUCUUCUGGCUGAAUGCUGCGGAGACUUGGGUGGACAUCAGCUCCAACACAGCAGGCAAGACUCUGUUUGGGAAGAUGCUGGAUUAUGUUCAGGGGGCGAAUGAAAUCCCACAGACUGACGUGCGCUGGAUUUCUGAGAGUGGGAUCAUCGAUGUUUUCCUGCUCCUGGGCCCUUCUCCGUUUGACAUCUUCAGGCAGUACACCUCACUGACAGGAACCCAGGCUCUGCCCCCUCUCUUCGCCAUCAGCUACCACCAGUGCCGCUGGAAUUACAACGACGACGAAGAUGUCCAGGCUGUAGAUGCUGGUUUUGAUGAGCAUGACAUUCCCUAUGAUGUUAUCUGGCUGGACAUCGAACACACUGAUGGGAAGCGGUACUUCACUUGGGAUCCCAACAAAUUCCCCAAUCCCAAGGCCAUGCUGCAAAACCUGGCGGCCAAGAAACGGAAGAUGGUCAAUAUAGUGGACCCCCACAUUAAGAUUGACAGCGGCUACAAGAUUCACACCACCAUCCAAUCUCGCAACUUCUACGUUAAGACGAAGGAUGGAAAUGAUUAUGAAGGCUGGUGUUGGCCAGGUUCAGCUGGUUAUCCUGACUUUACCAAUCCGGAGAUGCGAUCGUGGUGGGCCAGCAUGUUUGCUUACGAUCAGUAUGAGGGCUCCAUGGAUAAUCUGUACACAUGGAAUGAUAUGAAUGAGCCCUCUGUGUUCAAUGGGCCAGAGGUGACCAUGCACAAG